GACUCACUUGGCGCCGACUUGUCUGGGACGACUGGCUUUAGAAUAGUUCUAUUCCGGCGCAGUCUGCUUUACUGGCUGACCAAAGGUGCUUAAUCAUUCUACUUUCCUUUUUAGGAUGGUUCCGUCUUGGCGCCUUUUAUUCCGUAAGUAUAGAAGAUGCAAACGCAGUGAGUACAUCGUCUCGUUGAUUGACAUGCGGAAGUGUGAGGGUAUGGUUACGCGCUAGUCACGUGAUACUAUCACACAUAAACGUGUGAAUUUGGAAACAAGAACAGAGGGAAUUGAUUGUAGUGGCAGAGAAACUUCCAUGCAAGUCCAGACACUAUGACAGAAGAAGUACAAACACCUUUAGCCUCAUCUACAAGCGAUUCUGCUUCAGAGCAAGAUCAUCAUGACGAUCCGGACUCGUAUCUACUAGAUAUGCCAGGGAAAGCCUCAACCAGUAGCCCUAACAAACGUUUGUUACGAACGCCCAAGUGUGCUCGCUGUCGUAACCAUGGCGUUAUCUCAUGCUUAAAGGGCCACAAACGGUACUGCCGCUGGAGAGACUGUAGCUGCCCUAACUGUCUUCUUGUCGUGGAACGCCAGAGAGUUAUGGCGGCUCAAGUGGCUCUGAGAAGACACCAGACGACGGAAAUUAACAAAACAUUAAAGGCCAAAGUGAAGAACGCUGCUGCAUUACUCCAACAGCGGAAACUUCUACACCGCAACCUGCGCAGUUUACAACAACACAGUCUUAGCAAAGAAAUACUAGAAACAUACCGAAAUCGCCUUCACAUACUACCGCCGCCGGAAGCCUUGCGGUCCAUAAUGCCAUUGAUGAACGAACGUAUGCGAAAAAGAAGGUGUUUUGCAGAUAAAGAUCUUGAGGUCGCAAUGUUUGCACGGGAGCGACAACUGGAACUGGAUAAAUAUCGUUCCGUGGGGGCCUUUCACACACAUCCCUCUGUUGCGGGUUUCACUUCCUCCUCUGGGACCUCUACUGACCAAGAAUACGCAAAUCAGAUGGCGAAUUUGUCUCCACGGGAACUUCUUCAGCGAAUUUUCCCCUAUCACAACGCCAAUGUCCUCGAACUUGUUCUCCAAGGUUGCGGCGGGAAUAUAGAAAAAGCAAUCGAACAAAUUGCUACUGGAAUCAGUAGCGUUGGACAGAUUCCUCAGCAGGAUUUAAAGAAUCAGAAAAAAACGCCACAAACCCUGGUCCAACCUGUGUCGUUUUGGAACUUUUACAACUUCAGCCAAACGAUUGUUGCUCCGCCUGUUUUAAACGAAAGUGGAUCUUGUGGACAGAGGGGGCAAUAUGACCCUCCAGUAGACUUGUCAAUGGCCGCUCCAAUACCUAACAAGGGCGUUGUAAAUUUGAUUCCUAAGGGUUCCAAAGGCAAUCGGUCGUCUGCUUUUAGUGCUCCAAAUAAAAACGGAAAUUUAGUGACAAAUGGAUACGAGCAAAGAGACUCGAAGCAGGCUAAGUCUUUGAUAAAGUUUUCGGUAGAGUCCAUUAUUGCAAAAUGAAAUGGCAGUUUAAAACUGUGUAAUGGAGGUAGACUCUGUUGUAAUAUGAUCAGUGCUCUUAUAGUGUGACGAUAAACUUUUUUGGCAUUUAUUCCGGGAAAGAGCGUCUUCGACAACCAUUUUACGCUUUUUUACAAUACAUUAGCUUUUAAAAAGACUAUCAGAUAAGAAAAGAACAAGCAUACAUUAUACUUUUUGUAUUUGUGUCGUUAAGUGUAUUUAUAGCGAAAUUGGAUAUUAAUAUAGAAACAAUUCUUUAUCUGAGAUCUAAUGUAUAACUUGAAUUUUACGGGGGAGAAGUGACAGGAUGAUUUGUUACUGUAUGUCUGUUGAGCAGUAUUGGCUACCAUCUUAUAGACAUUGAUCAAGGCACUUAUCCCGUCCAUUGCUGUACCAUUCUGUGCUUUUUCCAUUCAUAUAUAUAACUUCAUAGCCAUAGAUUUAUACUCCUACUGCGUGAUGGCCCUCGUGUAUCACGUAGCUUGAUGUAGAAAUGAAUACA